CCUCGACCCGGACAAGUUCUUGGAUUAGUCGGGACCAACGGUAUAGGAAAAAGUACGGCGCUCAAAAUUCUCGCCGGAAAACUCAAGCCAAACUUGGGUCGCUAUGACGACCCUCCCGAUUGGCAAGAGAUCUUGAAAUAUUUCCGUGGAUCCGAGUUACAAAAUUACUUCACAAAAGUCCUCGAGGACAACUUGAAAGCUCUGAUCAAGCCACAAUAUGUUGAUCAUAUACCGCGGGCCAUCAAGGGUACCAUGACUGUCUCCCAGAUGCUGGACUCCAAGCUAGAACUUGAUAACAAGCAACAACUGUGUGACGAACUAGAACUGAACAAUGUCCUUGACCGCGAAGUUUCCCAGCUUUCCGGAGGAGAAUUACAAAGAUUUGCCAUCGCCAUGUCGUGUAUCCAACAGGCAGAUGUAUAUAUGUUUGAUGAGCCGUCGAGUUAUCUAGAUAUCAAACAGCGCUUGAAAGCUGCCGAGGUCAUACGUUCGCUUCUCAAUCCCAAUUGCUAUGUUAUUGCUGUCGAACACGAUCUCUCCGUCUUGGAUUACCUUUCCGAUUUCAUCUGCUGUCUGUACGGGAAACCUUCCAUGUACGGCGUGGUAACGAUGCCUUAUUCCGUCCGUGAAGGCAUAAACAUCUUCCUUGAUGGUUUCAUCCCGACAGAAAACCUCCGUUUCCGAGAGGAGUCGCUAUCCUUCAAGAUGGUGGAGACUGCAGAGGAACUUAUCAUCGACAAAACGCGGCAUUACUCGUACCCUGCUAUGACGAAGACGAUGGGAAACUUCAAACUUACCGUAGAAUCUGGGAGUUUUACCGACUCUGAGAUUGUUGUCAUGUUGGGCGAAAAUGGUACCGGGAAGACCACGUUUGUUCGACUGUUGGCGGGCGUCACUGCGCCGGAUGUUGAAUCAGACAAAAUGGAGUUAGCCGUGUCGCUGAAGCCGCAAACGAUAUCACCCAAGUUCCCUGGUACUGUCCGAAUGUUACUCCUCAAACAAAUCAAACAGGCAUUCAUGCACCCACAAUUCCAAAGCGAUGUCCUCAAGCCAAUGAACCUGGAUAACAUCAUGGAUCAGGAGGUGAAGACACUAUCCGGAGGUGAAUUGCAGCGAGUGGCUAUUACCUUGGCUCUUGGCAAACCAAACGUAUCCGUUUACCUUCUUGAUGAACCAAGCAGUUUCUUGGAUUCCGAACAACGUAUCAUCGCUAGCAAAGUUAUCAAACGCUUUAUCCUCCACGCGAAGAAGACAGCAUUUGUCAUAGAGCAUGACUUCAUCAUGGCGACUUAUCUCGCUGACCGUGUUAUCGUGUUCGAGGGCUCGCCUGCGAUAUCAGCCACAGCAACACCACCACAAUCCCUCCUUACAGGCAUGAAUCGCUUUUUGGCGUCUCUGCAGAUCACUUUUAGGCGCGAUCCAACCAACUUCAGGCCUCGUGUCAACAAGCUCAACAGUAUCAAGGAUCGCGAGCAGAAGGCCAUGGGCAGCUACUUCUUUUUGGAGGAGUGA